GUAGUAGUAGGAAUAACCCAUCCAAUUAGAAAUGAAACAUAUUAUGACGAAUUUCAACUCUUUCUCAGAUUCAGUUAUAAAGUAUAGAAAACUAUUUGAACUUGAAAAUCAUGGAUAGCCAGCCCUUGAAAACGAGUCUAGUUUAAAUUAGAGAAAUGCUGUCUUGUUGACAUUUAUUUACAAACUAAUAUUCUUGCUCUUGUAUGAAAAUCUUUUAAAUUCAUAUUGUGUAUGUUUAAAAUCGAGCUGUUUAAAUAUAAAAAAGAAAUUUAUUAAUUUAUUUUUCAAAUGUAUUAUUUUACGCUUCUAAUUUCCAUAUUCUUUCCUCUUUAUCAUGGGAUUAGCACCAAGUAGUCCUCUGUAAUCAUUCUGUUGUUCUAUUUUCACCCCAUACAUAAUUAAAAUGGUAUAGUACCAUACAAACGAUGAGACAAUUCAGUUUAAUUUAUCGUUCACGCGCAUUCUCAUGUAAAAAAAUUCUUUUCCUUCCAUCUCUUCUUUCUAUCAGUUCUCUAAUCAUUCCAUACUUCCGUAUAUUGUCAGUCAAAAAAAAGAAAAAUUUUUCUUUUUUCUUUUUUUAGAUGGUUGAAUAUAUACGCUGCUAAACUUUUUUUUUUCAAUUCAACUUUUCUUUCUUUGUCGUUGUUGAGUACUUUUUUCAGCACAAUACAAAUAACAGAUUUUUGAGAAAAAUGUGUAUGUAGUAUAUAAGAACAGAAACAAAAAACAUAAAGCACGCAAACGUUGACGCAAAUAUAGAUCAUCUUCUACUUGAUUGCUGCGAUACUGCUGUGACUACUAUUAACUACCACCACUAUAUGUAGGGAAUAAAAAGAAAAAGAGGAAGGAUAAAAUUCGAAAAAAAAAAUUUGGUUGACAAACUUGAGUAUUAUUUGUGCAUAUGUCAUGCGUCUGAAAGACUGUAUUGUGUUGUUCAUGCAUACGUUAUAACUUUUUUCGAACGUUUUGUUGGUGAAGAUGAGUGAACCCUAUAGUUUUCUCAACAACAACAAAAAAUAAAGUUGAUAUUCAUCACCUUUAGCACGAUACUUUUAUUACUAGAUUUUAUUUAAGGUAAGAUCUUUUUUUCAAUUAGAGUAUAUAAAAUAUACACACAAAGAGAAAUGGAAAAAAAGAAAUGAGGAAUAAGAAAUAAAGUACAUCUAUAUUUUCUAUUUGACGGUGCACAUUAAUUAGUCUCUAUAAGAUAUGUUUCCCGUGAGACAGCAAUUAUAUAUCAAACAUUUAUACUUUAUAAACAAAUACAUAAUUUGACGAGAUUAAAACAUGAAAUCUGCAAAAUUGCACAGAAUAUAGGAGAUUUUGUCUUAUCUCCUGAUUGUCUCACCUCAUCAUUGUAUCUCAAAAAUAUUUUAGUAACAUUGUUAGUCACAGUAUUCAUCAGAAAGAAGAAAAUGUUCUUGAUGAAACUCAACUUUCCGUUUGUUCUUCAACUAGAAAUUGAUUCUUACUUUGUAUAAUUAAAGACUAUACAUCAAGACUAUAAAUUAAACUCAGAAUCCUUUAUAGAUAAUAAUAAUAAGCAUAAUCACGAACCAGUAAUGAGUUUUUUCUAUAGUAGAUAAUAUUUAGUUGAUCUUAAUAAUCAAUUCCUUCUCUUUUAGUUCUUAAAAAUUCUUUUCUCUCAUUCACUCUUUAUACCUAAAGUAAUUCAAAGUGCAUUUCUGUUUUUUUGUAUAUAAAAAAAGCUCUAUGAUCAAAACAAAAAAGCUUUUUAGUAAAAUUAUUAAUAAGAAAGAAAAUGGCUUUUUUCCGCACAAAAAAGUAAAAAGCCAUCUUUCUCUCUCUCUCAUUGAAGCCGAACAAAAGUUAUGUAAAAAUACUUUUAUCCCCAAAGAAAACCCGAUGAUUUCAAAGAACUGUUGUUUAGAUGUUCUUUCGUAUACAAAAAAUGAGAUUUUGUUUAAUGGUUUCACAGUUCUUCAGAACGUGCUUUUGUCAAUUACAUUCCCUUACUAUGCAAAACGUGUUAUCCUCUGAGUAUACAGAAUAUCAUAUGAUAAACAUACUGGUCAAUUCUGCAGUCAAGUUGAAGUAUUAAGAUCUGUCGACCAGAAUUUUUGUCUAGUUAUAGUAUUGUAAACGAAUUAUGGCUUUUGAGAAUACUCUACUUCAACAUGAGAUGUGCUGUGAUGUCCAUUCUCUUCUCUCAUUCUUCUCCUGCUUGCGACCAUUGAAACUAAAAAGAAAAUUUGUAAGCAACUUUUAGGUCUACUGUACAUAUAAGAUAUGUAGAGUGUGCAUUUUAUCUUGCUCUAAGGUUUAAUUAUGAUCAUGGUGGAUUAGUAGAAUUAUUUAUCGUAAUUGUACACUGAAAGGUCUAUAAAGAAAGUAGACAUUUAACGUUUUCAACAGCCUGUUUUUUUUUUCUCACAUCUUAAAAGAUAUGAAGUUUGUUUCCUUGAAGCGUACUAAAAUUGUUAUCCGGAAUGAUCAAAACAUAUCAUAAUUUAGCUAGUUCAGUUGUACACCAAAUAUGUUCAAACAGAAAUCAAUUUUCCGCUCUCUGAACCAUUGUCAAUGAACAUUCUUUCUGCUUUUUUUUUUCAAACCUCGUCGUUCUUUUAUCACUGAACAUUUUUCACCAUGGAAAAAAAAUCAUUUUGUGUUGUGGAUGCAACAAGAUGAAUCGUUCUUUUGUUAAUUGAAAAAAAAAAAUCGUCGUCUCUGAUAAAGAAGAAGAAAAAAAAAAACUACUAGCACACAUACACACUCGAAGUAAAACGUAUAGCAAUCGAUAUAUGUCGGAAAAAAAGAGUUUUCUAUUUUUCAUCGGACGACAAUUUUCUUUUGUUUGUAAUUUUUAGUUGAAAAAGGAAAAAGAAAACGGCAUCUAUACAUAUAUUCUUUUACCCUUCCGGAUUUGCGUUCAAUUUCUAACAUUGUGCGCUUCUCAUAUAGUUUUUUUAAGUGUAUAGCGACAGAUAGCGGUUUUUCCUAAAAUGAAAAAAAAAAAAAUUUUUUUUCUCUUGUCGAACGACACUAAGACAAUUGAGUAAUAGGUUCUCUCAUUUUUUUUUCUUUCGCAUAUAUAUAUAUAUAUAUAUAUUGCUCUUCUUCAUCAUCAUCAUCAUGAUUCGAACGACACUAGCAUAAAAGAACUUUACUUAUUCAAGCAACUCAUUUCCAAACAUACACACGUAUGAUUAUGUUUGUUCAUCUUACGCAUUUCUAUCUUUUUCGUAACGUGUAAAUCGCGCUGCGCGCUGCUGUUGUUAAGCGCGCUUACACACCGAAGUGGCUGAUACACUUGUUGCAUUGUUCGAAAUAGAUAUUACAAGCACCAGGUGAUAUCAGCGACGACGCUGUGUGAUUAACUCUCACCAGCUGAUUUUUUUUUCUUUAAUAAAUCAUGCUAAUUUUGUUUAUUUGUAUUUGUUGUGUCGUGUUGUAAAAUGUAUCAUAUUUGUUUGAUUCUAGGUGGCUUAUAUGGUGGAACAACAGCUAUCAAAAGCCGUCUAUUGCCAUUUUUAAGUCAAGAAGCAACGUAUUUCAAUGGAAUAUUAACAAAUGAUUUAUAUUGGCCAAUAUUACGAAAAACACAAGAUUUUGAGUAUGAAAAAUUGGCACAAGAAUAUGAUCAAAGUUUAUCCGAACUCGAAAUAGAGCUUCGGGGUGCACACGUUGAUAAUGCAGUUCUUGAAGCCGAACUUGAACAAACUCGUAACGAGUUGUAUGAUGAACGUGCACGAUCAACUGGUGAGAAAAUGUUCACCGAAGCUGAACUUAAUAAUCUUCGCACACGAUUGCAUGAUGCCGAAUACCGUUUAUCACUCGAACUUUAUAAACCUCGUCCACAGUUGGCUGCAGAGUAUGAAAGAGAAAUUCGUCGAAUAAGAGAUGAUAUCGAUGCUAUUCAACGGCGAACACGUUCACUUUCACCACGACGAAGCUAUAGUAGUUAUACACCACGAGCAAUAUCACCAUUAUCACCUGAUGAACCAUUACAAAGAAUUCGUGAAGAUAAUUUAGUUCAACGUUUCACUGAUAUGUAUGCUCGAGAACGUAUUGAUGCUAUGGAUAUAUUACAAACAGUAUCAGAUGAUCAUGAGAUGAAUCAACGUAUUGUAUUUAGUAUUAUUCAGGAAGCAUUUUCCGUGUCAAAACAACGUUUUCUUGAUUGGAAAAUACGUUUACGAUCACAAUUGGCUAUAACACAUACUGGCCCAGAAACAUUGGAAGAAGCUGUUCAAGACUAUAUUAAUCUAAAUAUAGAUAUUUAUGAUUUACCAUCAAUAGUGUCGGAAGUUAUUGAUAAUUUACAUCGUAAUCCACGAUUAAGUUUACCAUUGGGUGUCACAUAUUCAAUCUUGGGUACCUAUAUCCGUGAAGCAUGUCGAGUCGCUUGGCACAUGGCUUGUUUAGCUUAUCCAUUGGAUAUUGCUUUUGCAAGUGACGCUGAAGUAUUUAAUGAUAGCAAGUAUCGACGAAGCUAUGAUUCGGAGUAUUCUGCUCCAUUGGUGGAUCAUCAUGUCUGGCCAUGUCUCAUGCAAGGAACAAAAACCAUAGUAAAGGGAGAAGCUUGUACCAAGCGUGGUGCUUCACUGAGUCGUUCCCGAGCGGUCAGUCCAACACGUCGAAUACCAAGUCGGUCAGUUACUACUAAAAGUCAAAUAUGCGAUUUGGAUGUUUGGAAUAUUCCUACAAAUAAAAAUUAA